AUGGAACCUAUAGCUGUGAUCGGUAUUUCAUGUGAAUUUGGUGAUGGUAUACAUUCAGGUCAUUCAUUAUGGGAUACAUUAAAAAGUAAUGCUGACAUUUCAAGUGAAAUGAUUAGUGACCAAAUAAAGUUACAAACAUCAUCAUUAAAUCUAUCAAACAGUGACUUGAACCGGACCAACAUGAUUGGCAAACAUGGUUAUCUUCUUGACAAUGAAUUAUUGAAUCGCUUUGAUGCCAAUUUUUUCGGCGUCUCAGCAUUACAAGCACAGAAAAUUGAUGUAGAAGAUCGUCUUUUAUUGGAAAAAUUCGUUCAUUUACUAGAAGAUGCUGAUUAUACAAUUAAUCGUAUUGCUGGAACAAAAACUGCAGUAUUUAUUGGUCAACACUCGAACAAGCAUGAGUCAACAAUAAUAAACCAAUCGAAUUGUACAGACACACAUUUAUUACCGUCAAGCUUAUCUAAAUGUAGUGCAUCGGUACGCUUAGCGUAUCAUUUUGAUCUCCGUGGACCGAAUUUUACAAUUGAUACAACGCGUUCGUCUUCUCUAGAAACAGUCGUUUUAGCUGUGGAAGCAUUAAGAAUUGGUGAUGCUGAUUAUGCUGUUAUUGGUGGGACAAAUAUAUUCCAAAUAUCUGAAAAUUUCUUAUAUGAUACCUGUAUACAAUCUGAACUAUCAAAUACACGAAGGAAUUUUUGUUGUACUGAAAAAAGUGGUUAUGAAGACGGUAAGUCCCAUGUACUGAUUUGCAAUUUAUGA